UUCCCCAUAACCCAAAGAAUCCAUUAAUUGCUUUCAAUUAGACCCCAUGGCAUCAGGCCUUCACCUCAGGCACCCUGCCCAUGGUUUUAAUGCGAGCCAGCAACUGAUCAAGGGUGACCGCGGCAGCAUGCUAACAAUGUCUGAUGACAAUGUGAUGAUGAAACAAAUUGUAGGAACUCAUGCUCCUGAUGGCCGAGAGGUUGAUGUCAAACCUCUUCUCCAUCUCGUUGAAGACAUCCUCAAACGUGCCACCCAGCAAAUCGAUACCUCUCUAACGACUUCCCAAGCCCAUGCUGAAUUGGAGGACAAGACUCACCAAAUCAAUUUUGUUUCCAUGCUCGAUGCACUGUCGUAUACAAUAGACAGAAUUUCCUGCGAGAUUGCCUACAAGUCACUGGAUGGGACAGAUGCCCACGCAACAACUGUAUCACUUUUCAACAUGCUAACAAGCUAUUCCUGGGAUGCCAAGCUGGUGCUCACCUUAGCAGCUUUUGCUUUGAAUUAUGGAGAGUUCUGGCUGCUUGCCCAGAUUUACUCAUCAAACCAACUUGCCAAAUCCAUGGCAAUACUCAGGCAAUUGCCUAGCAUCAUGGAACACUCAGGGCCCUUGAAGCCUCGCUUCGAUGCCAUUAACAAUCUGAUCAAGGUCAUGAUGGACGUGGCUAGGUGCGUGGUUGAGUUCAAGGAUCUACCGCCAGCUUACAUAUCUAAUGAAGUACCAGCAUUGUCCACAGCCAUGGCCCAUAUCCCUAUUGCUGUCUACUGGACCAUGAGGAGCGUUGUGGCUUGUGCGGCUCAGAUUACUAGCCUCACUACCAUGGGACACGAGUUUUCUAUAUCAACCACUGUGGCAUGGGAGCUAUCCAGCUUGGCUCACAAACUCAGUAACAUACUUGACCAUCUUAGGAAGCAAUUGGAUACUUGCUACCAGCACAUAGAUGAAAAGAGAAAUGUCGAAUCCUUUCAAAUGCUAAAGAAUCUCUUUGAAACGAUCCACAUUGACAACAUGAAGGUCCUAAAGGCCCUGAUUUAUGCCAAGGAUGAUAUCCAGCCACUUAUAGAUGGCUCUUCCAAGAAAAGAGUCCAUCUUGAUGUGCUAAGAAGGAAAAAUGUGCUAUUGCUUAUUUCUGGCCUCGACAUGUCGAACGAUGAGCUUUCAAUUCUUGAACAGAUAUACAAUGAAUCCAGGCAUCACGAAGGUAGGCUGGAUAGUCAGUAUGAGGUGGUCUGGAUCCCAAUUGUGGACCGUUCAGUCCAGAGCGAUCCAAUGAAAGAGAAAUUUGAAAGCAUGCAGUCUUCAAUGCCAUGGUUCACAGUGUACCACCCUUCACUGAUUGAGAAGGCAGUCAUAAGGUUUAUUAAGGAGGUGUGGCACUUCAGGAACAAGCCUAUUCUUGUGGUGCUUGACCCGCAAGGCAAGGUGGUUUGCCCAAAUGCACUCCACAUGAUGUGGAUAUGGGGAAGCAGUGCCUUCCCUUUCACUAGCUUGAGAGAGGAAUCUCUCUGGAGGGAUGAGACAUGGAGGCUUGAGCUUCUAGUGGAUGGCAUUGACCCAGUGAUUCUUAAUUGGAUCAAGGAAGGAAAGUACAUUUUCUUGUACGGAGGAGACGACGAUGAAUGGGUGAGGAAGUUCACAAACACCGCGCGUACUGUGGCGCAGUCAGCUCGCAUUCCCCUGGAGAUGGUUUAUGUGGGGAAGAGCAGCAAAAGAGAGAAAAUCAGGCGAGUCAUAGCGACAAUCACCGGGGAGAAGCUCAGUUACUUCUGGCAAGACCUUACCAUGAUAUGGUUCUUUUGGACCAGGCUAGAGAGUAUGCUGUACUCCAAGAUUCAGUUAGGCAAGCUUGAUGACCAUGAUCCUUUGAUGCAAGAAAUCAAGAAGUUGCUUAGCUACGACAGAGAAGGUGGAUGGGCUGUGCUUAGCAAUGGGUCUAAUGUUGUGGCCAAUGGUCACAAGACCACAGCUUUGCAAACAUUGCUUGAGUAUGACUUGUGGAAGGGACAGGUGCCUGUCAAGGGCUUUGAUUUGGCCUUCCGUGAUCACCAAGGCCUGAUCCAUGACAUUGCUCGUCCUUGCAGCCGCUUCGAUUUCCCAAUAACAACGGGUAGGAUCCCUGAGACCAUGAAAUGCCCAGAGUGCCACCGCACCAUGGAGAAAUUCUCCACUUUCCUUUGCUGCCAUGAUGAGGUCAUUCCAGACGAGCUCUUCCAGUAAAUGAUCAGCUGCUACGCUUCCUUGUAGCUCAUACUGCCACAAAAUAAUGUUGUUGAGGGCGCUCUUUUCUUCCUUUUAAAUUUUCAUACGUUGUGAGGCGGGAUGCCCAGCUAUGGCGCACAGUAUGUGGACCUGGCAUUUGAUAUUGCAUGCUAUAAAAUAAAUUUGAGUGUGAUCGAUGUAAUCCCCGUACUUAAUUAAUUUGUUUUAUUAAUUCAUAUAUAAAGUUCAAUUUGAGUAUGUUUUA